AUGGAUGCUUCCUACGUCCAGGGCCUUCAUGAGCUUUUAAAGCAGAGCUGUGUCCCUGACACCAACACUGUCAAGGCCGCUACCGAGUCGCUCCAGAAUAACUACUACAAGAACCCGCAAUGUGUUCCCGCACUCUUCGAGAUCUUGGCCACCUCGCCUGACUUUGCCGUUCGACAGCUCGCUGCCGUCGAGUUGAGGAAGCGUCUCGCAAAGAGCGGAGGUAAGGUCUGGACCAAGCAGUCGCUCGAGAUCCGUGAUGGUAUCAAGGCUAAGCUCCUCGAAGUCGUUACCAACGAGCAGUCCGGUCCAGUCCGCAACUCGAUCGCUCGUGUUAUCUCCGAAAUUGCAAAGCGCGAACUCCCCGCUGGAUCAUGGCCCGCUCUCCUCCCCUUCCUCUUCCAAGCUGCCGAUUCGCCCAACGCCACACACCGACAGAUCUCGCUCUUUGUCUUCUACACUGUUCUCGAGACCUUCGUCGACGGUGGUGAGGCUCUCGACACGCACCUCCCUCAGAUCAUGCAGCUUUUCGCCAAAAGCCUUCAGGACCCCGAGUCGCUCGAAGUCCGUGUCACCACCGUUCGUGCCCUCGGUAAGGUGGCCCAGAACCUCGAGAGCGAUGCUUCCGCUGACCUUGCUGCUAUGCAGUCCGCUGUGCCCCAGAUGGUCGGUGUCCUCAACCAGUGUCUCGAGGCAAGCGACCAGGACGGUGUCCGUCAGAUCCUUGACGUGCUCGAGGAGAUCUGCAUGCUCGAACUUCCGAUCAUCUCCAACCACAUUGCCGAGCUGAUCGACUUCUUCCUUGCCAACGGUGCCAACAAGGACCAUGAGGAGGAUCUCCGACUCAUGUGCCUCAACUCGCUCAUCUGGAUCUGCUCUUACAAGCGCUCCAAGGUCCAGAGCCUUGGUCUCGCCAAGCACAUGAUUGUUCGCUUGAUGCCCAUUGCUGUCGAGCAAGACUCGGACGAUGUCGACGAAGACUCGCCCUCGCGUCUUGCUCUCCGUGUCAUUGAUGGUCUCGCUACCGAGCUCCCUCCCAGCCACGUCUUCCCUCCUUUGCUCGAGCAGAUGCAGGCAUACAUGGGCAACCAGGACCCUCAUCACCGCAAGGCCGCUAUGAUGGCUUUUGGUGUCUCUGUCGAAGGCUGUUCCGAGUACAUUCGCCCCCACAUGAACGACCUCUGGCCCUUUGUCGAGGCUGGUCUCAAGGAUCACGAGGCUGUUGUCCGCAAAGCUGCCUGUGUUGCCCUCGGAUGCCUCUGCGAAAUGCUCGAGGACGAGUGCGCUGCCAAGCACGCUACUCUCUUGCCUGUCAUCAUGGAGCUCGUCAACGACUCUGCCACCCAGCGAUCGGCUUGCACCGCUCUUGACUCGUUGCUCGAAGUGAUGGGCUCCGACAUCUCGCAAUACUUGCCUGCUAUCAUGGAGCGUCUUGCUGGUCUCCUCGAGACUGCCCCCAUUCCUGUCAAGGCUACUGUCACUGGGGCCAUCGGCAGUGCCGCUCACGCCUCCAAGGAGGGUUUCAUCCCUUACUUCGACCAGACCAUGCAGCGCAUCAAGCCCUUCCUUACCCUGACCGAGGAGGGCGAUGCUAUGGACUUGCGAGGUAUCACCACCGACACUGUCGGCACCUUUGCCGAGGCUGUUGGCAAGGAUGCUUUCCGUCCUUACUUCCAAGACUUGAUGAAGCUUGCCUUCGAGGGUAUGGACCUCAACAACCCCCGUCUUCGCGAGUGCAGCUUCAUCUUCUUCGCCGUCAUGUCGCGUGUCUUUGGCGAAGAGUUCACUCCUUUCUUGCAGCACGUUGUACCCAGGCUCAUCCAGUCGUGCCAGCAGUCUGAGCACGACCCGGUACCUGGUGCUUCCGGCGACGGCACCGUCAAUGGUAUCGGCAUCCCCGGCUUGAGCGCUGGUGAUGGCGACGAGGAUGAUGAUGGCUUCGUCGACAUUGACGAGCUCAACGACGCUUUCCUCAACGUCAACUCGGCCAUUGCCAUCGAGAAGGAGGUUGCUGCCGACUCGCUAGGUGAGAUCUUUGCGCACACCAAGUCGGGCUUCCUGCCUUACAUCCAGGAGUCGGUCGAGCAGCUGGUUAUCUUGCUCGAGCACUUCUACCAGGGCAUCCGAAAGAGCGCCGUCUCGGCCCUCUUCACCUUCAUCAACACACUCAACGAGCUGAGCAACCCUCAGCCAUGGCAGGCUGGUGUGCACGUCAAGGUACCCCUCAACGCCGACGUGCAGAAGCUCGUCAACGCCGUCAUCCCUGCCGUUAUGGAGAUGUGGGAGAGCGAAGAUGACCGAACGGCUGCCAUCGAGGUCUGUCAGUCGUUGGCCGAGUGCCUGAACAAGAACGGCCCAGCGAUCGUUGCUCCUGACCAUCUCGACACGGUUUGCACUUACACCAUCAUGAUCCUCGAGAAGAAGAGCCCACCUCAGCUUGACUCGGAGAUCCCCGAAGAGGAGAAUGAGGAGGCUUCCGAGUACGAGUCGGUUCUCAUCUCGGCUGCUUCGGACCUUGUUGGUGCUAUGGCCAAUGUUCUUGGUGGCGACUUCACCGACCCAUUGAAGCAGUUCAUGCCUCAGAUCAUGAAGUACUACACUCCCGGCCGAUCGGUCAGCGACCGAGCUACCGCAAUUGGCUCGCUCGGCGAGAUCAUCACUGGGAUGAAGAGUGCCAUCACCCCCUUCACCCAGGACAUGCUCUCGCUCCUUUCGCGUGCCCUCUCAGACGAGGAGGCUUCGGUGCGAUCCAAUGCUGUUUUCGCCUCGGGUGUGCUGAUCGAGAAUACGCAGGCCGACUUGAGCUCGCACUUCCCUGCGCUGCUCAACGCCAUCCAACCUUUGUUCGAGAAGGGACAGAAGGAGGCUGACGAGGUGUUGACUGCUCGCGACAACGCUUGCGGUUGCAUGUCGAGGAUGAUCAUCAAGAAUGCCGAGGCUGUGCCAUUAGACCAGGCUCUUCCCAUCUUGUUCUCGUCAUUGCCUUUGCAGAAGGACAUGGCCGAGUGGUCACCCGUGCUUCACUGCAUGAUGAACUUGAUCCAGAGCAACAAUGCUGUUGCCUCGCAGAACAUCGAAACCAUCCUGCAACUCUUCGCUCACGUUCUUGCUGGCGACGAGGAUAACCUUGGUGCUUUGUUGCGCGGACAGGUGUGCGGUUUUGUCAGCCAGCUCAACACUCAGAUCCCUGACAAGGUUCAGGCGGCUGGUCUGCAGCAGUAUCUCGUGUAA